GCCUCGUUCUGCCCAACCUCCGCCUCGUAGCUCAUGCGGAAUUAUCACAUCCGCAUUUCUCUCCGUUCUCGGUCGAACAUACCGACACCAUCAACCUCUUUUUCGCCCCCAUCGUCAGUCUCAUCUUCCUUUGUCCCGUCCUCCAUUUUCCAGCCUUUGCCGUCUCACAAACCGGGCCCUACUGGCCGUCGCUAUACACUCACCGAACCGGCCAGCGGCGACGACGUCACCCCAACAGACUAUCGUUUCGGUUCUAUCAGGGUUGACUGGGUUGAUUGCUCGUCCGAAACCAUGAGCGUGGCAGGUUCCAAGAAGGCGGGAGUUGGAAAGGAGAAAGCUACGGAUGCGCGACGCAGAGAGCCUGUAGUAGCCACGUUUAGUGCUGCUGCACCGACGCCGACGGCUUCUGGCUCGACAAACUUACCCGAGGGCAUCUCUGGAGCCUCGACAGACGACCGGGCGGAAAGCACCUUUGUACAUGCUCAUCAGACGAAGACCUCACGUUCCAAUGUCGUGUCUGAUAGUCAAGGGCUUAUUCUCGCAGUCCUGGCCGUCCCAGCAUGGAUGACGCCCUCCGACUUCCUGGCUUUUGUUGCUCCUGCCACGGACGGGAUAUCGUUGUUAAGGAUGAUACGAGAUUCGGCCCCGAACCGGUCUCUUGUCCUCCUAAAAUUCAGAACGACAUCGAAUGCUUCGGAGUUCGCCGAAGCGUACAAUGGGAAGCCAUUCAACUCCAUGGAGCCGGAAACAUGCCAUGUCGUCCGCGUCGCGUCGGUCAGCAUCGAACGUGACGAAUCGCUCACGGAGAGCCUCAUGCGCGACGAGGCGCAGCAUGGCUCAGAUCUAGUGUAUGAGCUGCCUACAUGCCCUGUCUGUCUGGAGCGGAUGGACUCAGCGGUCACCGGUCUCGUCACCGUUCCCUGCUCACAUACUUUCCACUGCGCCUGCCUCAGCAAAUGGGGCGACAGUAGAUGCCCUGUCUGCCGCUAUUCGCAGACAUUGCUGUCCUCGCAUCCUCCCGCGGGAAGCGCUACCAGCCGCUCGAUUCCCUUCUUACGCGCAUCGCCCGCAGCGCGCUGUGUUGAAUGCGAGAGCACCACCAACUUGUGGAUCUGUCUCAUCUGUGGUAACAUUGGCUGCGGUCGGUAUGGUCGCGCCCAUGCGUACGCACACUACUCGCGGACAACACAUCUUUACGCCCUCGAGUUAGAGACGCAGCGGGUCUGGGACUAUGCGGCAGACGGCUAUGUCCACCGCCUCAUUCAAAAUAAGGCGGAUGGCAAGCUUGUCGAACUGCCUUCCGCGGCGUCGGCCAUCGGAUCCCAAGCACCCCGCGGCGCUGGCGGUGAUCGUCGAGGACCCAGUCGCGAGGACGCUCUGAGCGCGGAGAAGAUCGAAGCAAUAGGCAUCGAGUAUUCUUAUUUGCUGACAUCCCAGCUCGACUCGCAGCGCGCAUUCUAUGAAGAACAAAUAGCGGACCUACGGGUCGAGAUGGGUGACCUACGCGCAGUGGUCCAGCAGCUCAGCCGUGAACGAGACGAAGAAAGGCAAAGGGCGCAAACUGUCACCAGGUCACAUACACAAGCGGAGGAAGCGAGGAGUGCAGAGGUGCAAGCCGAAGUUGUGAAGGCGCACAAGAAAGCUGAGAGAAGUGCAGAGCUCUCCACACGGCUAACCAAAGAGUUAAAGGAGGAGCGUGCUGUGAGCAAGGGGUUGUUGGAGAACUUGCAGAGGGCUCGCAUUGAAAUGGAUCAAGCCAAUCAGGAGAAACACAGGUAUUCUCAGAGAAUCCAAGAGCUGGAGGAUCAAGUUCAAGACAUCAUGUUCACACUGGAAACAAGAAGCAAGAUUGAGGCUGGACAAGGCUUGGUUGCAGAGGCAGCAGGUGGAUCUAUAGAAAUAGGUAGUGGACCAACUAGUAGUGUGGACAGAGGUGGAAGGAAAAAGGGGAGGUGAUAGAACCAUUCUUCUGAAGUAUCAUCAAACACAGUCAUGUGGAUCAAAGCACAAUGCAGUUUCAUGACUUGCAACAAGAUA